AGCCGACGAGCGGUUCCUUGAGUCUAGUGACGGGGGAAGCGAAGCACCAAAGUUGACAAGGCGGCGCAGGUCAGCCGCGGGGCAAGAUGGAGGCCGCGCUGUGGCGGCCUUGGGUCCUGUGCCUUCCCGCUUUCCUCUUGCUGUGGAGCUGCUCGGCAACUACGGAGGAUGACACCGCGCAGCCAGCGCCCACCGCUGCUCCGGGACCAGUCGGGCAAGCAUGUGGUGCUUUCUCUGGGAAGACUUGUGACCAGUGUAUUCAAAACGCUUCAUGUCUUUGGUGCAAUGAAAACUCCAUUUGUAUGGAUUACCCUGUGAGGAGUAUCAUUCCAUCUUCUACACUGUGCCCACUAUCAGAGGCUCGUUGGGGAGUCUGUUGGGUCAACUUUCAGGCUUUGAUCAUUAGUAUAGCUGUUGUAGCAGGCCUCCUUCUGCUUACAAUUGCUGGCUGUUGCUGUUACUGCUGCUACUGCCGCCGCCGAGGUCGUGAUAGGGGGAGACUAGCUGAAGAAGAAGAAAGAUUUAUCAGAGAUCAGGAAGAAAAAAGGCUGCAAUCCCUUCAGAGGAAACUUGAAAGAAAAGAAAAGCAUGAUGAGAUACGCAAGAAAUAUGGUCUUCUCCAGGAUUCUGACCAUCCAUACAGCAGAUAUGAGAAUGAAUGAAAAUGGACAAUGCAUUGCUUUCCUAAAGGAAUUGAAAAUUUCAAGAGAAUGAUUUGGUUCAGUUUUUAGGUUACCGGAUGAAUGAAGGAUAAAGGAAUUGGAAAUUUCAAGAGUUAUUUGGUUCGGUUUUUAGAUCACCAGAUGUGUACAUAAUUGUGUAGUGGAAUAUCAUGUUCCUUUUCUUUGUUGAAAGCAACAUGCUUAUAUACGUCUCUAAGGUUUUUUCCUUCUCUAAAUCUGUAAUGGAAUGAGAAUCAAGGGACGUAAAUAACAAUCAUGUAACUUUCUUCUCAUGUUGUAACAAUUAAAAAAUUCAAAUUAUC